UUUUGUUUUGUCCCAAUUCCAAGUUGAAGGUGUACAAAGCACAGACCACUUCUCCAAGCUCGCUCUCUCUAAGGAUCUGAGACUGCUUACACGCUUUGCUUUGAAUCCUUCUCUCUCUAAACCUUCAACCGGCGUAGUUCUUCCUCUCCUCAUUUGUCUUUUUGUAUAUUUUUGCAUUGGACAUCAUCGCCGGCGAUUUAGGGGGAGUCCCAUUUUCCAGCUGCAAGUCUUCAUUCAUUCCUCAUACGGACUUCAGCCCCUUGAAAUAUCUUCUGACACUGACAGAGGAAGUCUUCAGCUCUGGAGACCCCAUUGAAGUUUCCAUUUUAUCUUCAAAAGAAUUAGUUAUUGACAGUUUCUUGAAUCAACUCUUUCCUUUUGUCACCAACUUCUUCGUUUUCGUUUGAAAAUAUCAUCUGGGAUUUCUUUAAAUUUCUCUUUUCUACAUGUUUUGAACUCUCUUCAUUUUCCGAUCCAAAAUACAUUUUGAGUCGUCAGUCGAAAAGUCAACAUUUCUUGGUUUGUAUGUGAUCUAAUCUUGCGACGUAUUAAGUGUAGAUUUCUCAUUUUGGAUGCUUUUUAGCUAAAAUAUGCAGCCUGAUCAGAGAAAAAAGGCUUCUGCAGAAAUAGAUUUCUUCACAGAAUAUGGUGAAGGAAGCAGAUAUAGAAUUGAGGAAGUUAUUGGCAAAGGUAGCUAUGGUGUUGUCUGCUCUGCGUAUGACACCCAUCUUGGAGAAAAAGUGGCAAUUAAAAAGAUAAACGAUAUCUUUGAACAUGUCUCUGAUGCCACACGCAUUCUCCGGGAAAUUAAGCUUCUUAGGCUCCUUCGUCAUCCCGACAUUGUUGAGAUCAAACACAUUUUGCUGCCUCCUUCUCGAAGGGAAUUCAAGGACAUAUAUGUGGUGUUUGAACUAAUGGAAUCAGAUCUCCAUCAGGUCAUUAAGGCAAAUGAUGACUUGACUCCAGAACAUUACCAAUUCUUUCUUUAUCAGCUUCUUCGAGGCAUGAAAUACAUACAUACAGCUAAUGUGUUCCACCGGGACUUGAAGCCAAAAAAUAUCUUAGCAAAUGCUGACUGCAAACUAAAAAUUUGUGAUUUUGGUCUUGCAAGGGUGGCCUUCAAUGAUACUCCCACAGCAAUAUUUUGGACAGAUUAUGUUGCAACAAGGUGGUAUAGAGCUCCUGAAUUGUGUGGGUCUUUUUUCUCUAAGUAUACCCCUGCAAUUGACAUUUGGAGUAUUGGUUGCAUAUUCGCUGAACUUUUGACUGGGAAACCUCUAUUCCCUGGGAAGAAUGUUGUUCACCAGUUAGACCUCAUGACUGAUCUGUUGGGAACUCCACCUCCUGAAACCAUUGCAAGGAUAAGAAAUGAAAAGGCUCGGCGAUACUUAAGUAGCAUGAGGAAAAAGAGGCCGAUCCCUUUGACGUACAAAUUUCCAAAUGCUGACCCCCUUGCUCUUCGCUUGUUAGAAAGAAUGCUUGCUUUUGACCCCAAGGAUAGACCUUCUGCAGAAGAGGCUCUUGCAGAUCCAUACUUCCGAAACUUGGCUAGAGUGGAGAGAGAACCUUCUGCACAACCAGUUACUAAAAUGGAAUUUGAAUUUGAAAGGCGAAGGAUUACGAAGGAGGAUGUUAGAGAGUUGAUAUAUAGAGAGAUUCUAGAAUAUCACCCAAAGAUGUUGAAGGAAUUCUUAGAGGGAGCUGAACCUACAGGCUUCAUGUACCCUAGUGCCGUUGACAAAUUUAAGAAGCAAUUUGCAUAUCUUGAGGAGCAUUACAGAAAUGGAGCUGCCGGUCCACCUGAGAGACAACAUUCAUCAUCUUUGCCUAGGCCAUGUGUAUUAUAUUCAGAAAGCUCCAACCCUAGUAUGAUUGAUGUUGCCAAUGAUCUUUCUAAGUGCUCCAUUGAAGAAGUUGAGAAACCACAAGUGGGACGGUCUUCUGUACAACCUAUGACAAGAUUUCCUGUCCAAGUUCCUCAAAAUGUUCAAGGUGGAGCUGCAAGGCCAGGCAAGGUUAUUGGUUCAGUUUUGCGUUAUAACAAUUGUGGAGCAGCAGCAGCAUCAAUAGAGGCUACUGACCAGCGAAAUAUGGCAAGGAAUCUUGGUAUCCCAGCUCAAUAUAUUGUUCCUAGCUCUUCUUACCCGAGAAAGCACCCGAGCUGCAAGAAUUUAAAGGGGGAAGAACACUGAAGGUCCAAUGGGAUGGAGCCCAAAUCCAAUCUAUAUGCUGCCAGCAAGUUGCUGCUCAAGGUGCAGCUGGAAGGCAUUGUUAUUAACUUCAUGAAACAAAACUGCUGACAGGGAUGGACUCUAAGUUGCUAAGUCAAGCACGCAACUAAAGGAAUGGGUCAUCUUCGAGCUCUUUCAAGAUUAGUUGGUCAGUUGUAAAUUCAAAUUUGUGACAGAUUUCGGCAUUACCCUCUUCUGGAUUAUUAAAGUGUUACAGUUCUCAUCGCUCGUUAGAUGACUUCUUGUUACAGGUUUAAGUCUAUAACCUAGCACGGAUUCUUUGCCAAAAGCAAUGAUAGUCAGGGAUUCGUGUAUUAGUAGAGAUUUGCAGAGAGUGUGAAGGCAGAGCAGAAAUAUCUUUUGAUCCUGGUUGAUUCUACCUAAUUUCCAUGACUUGUUAUAACAACUGUUUGAAGUGAUCUUGUUUAUCAUACCUGUAUUACUGUGUAAUUCAACAACUGACGUUUGCUGAUCAUCCCUGCUUUAAGAACUCAGGGGAAUAACUCUA